AUGUCGGCGACGGGGCCCAUCAGUAACUAUUACGUGGACUCGCUCAUCUCCCACGACAAUGAAGACCUCCUAGCGUCCAGGUUUCCGGCCACCGGGGCUCACCCCGCCGCCGCCAGACCCAGCGGCUUGGUGCCGGACUGUAGCGAUUUUCCGUCCUGUAGCUUCGCGCCCAAGCCGGCCGUGUUCAGCACGUCGUGGGCGCCCGUGCCCUCGCAGUCGUCCGUGGUGUACCACCCGUACGGCCCCCAGCCCCACCUCGGCGCCGACACGCGCUACAUGCGGACUUGGCUCGAGCCGCUGUCCGGCGCCGUCUCCUUCCCCAGCUUCCCGGCCGGGGGCCGCCACUACGCCCUCAAGCCGGACGCCUACCCCGGGCGCCGCGCCGACUGCGGCCCGGGCGACGGCCGCAGCUACCCGGACUACAUGUACGGCUCGCCCGGGGAGCUGCGCGACCGCGCCCCGCAGACCCUGCCCUCGCCCGAGGCGGACGCGCUCGCCGGCAGCAAGCACAAAGAGGAGAAGGCCGACCUGGACCCCAGCAACCCCGUGGCCAACUGGAUCCACGCCCGCUCCACGAGGAAGAAGCGCUGCCCCUACACCAAGUACCAGACGCUGGAACUGGAGAAGGAGUUUCUCUUCAAUAUGUAUUUAACCAGGGACCGUCGGUACGAGGUGGCCCGGGUUCUCAACCUCACCGAGCGGCAGGUCAAAAUCUGGUUUCAAAACCGGAGGAUGAAGAUGAAAAAGAUGAAUAAAGAGAAAACCGACAAGGAGCAAUCCUAAACCCUGCCCCGGCCUGCUGCCUCGGCACAGCCAAGGGAAAAACAAAAAACCCCACAAAAAACCCAGCCCAGGCGGGAGAGAGCACGAAAAAGGAAAGGAAAGAGCAAGAUAGAGAAAAGCCAAUCAGCUUAAAAAGAAAAAAAAAAGGAAAGGGAAAAGGAAAA